AUGACUUCUCGGAGGACCAACGCUAACAUGACUGCAGGUAUCGCUGCAGCUGUGACGGCUUCUCCUGUCAUCCGAUGGCUUCCCGAGUGGUUUGACAAACGGAAGGGAACUGCUGGGGGAAUCAUGUUCCGCGGCGGAGGCGUUGGUGGCAUGUACAUGCCCUUCCUGUUUGAAUACCUGAUUGCCAGGCUUGGAUAUCAAUGGUCCCUCCGUAUCACUGCCAUCUUUACAGCUGUCAUUGCCAGCAUUGCAGUAUAUUUUGAGAACCCGCGUAUUCCUAUAUCCACUCGCGCACAUAUCAAUUGUAUGCCCAUGCCUCCCUUCCUGUCCACUUUGGCGAUGGAGUUUCAUGGGGACCUUCGUCUCAACGUUGUCUUGUUUCUACCCCGCUUUUCUGAUACGCCCAAUGGCGCGCAAGGUGCAGGGCUGCUGGCGGCCUUCAACCGUAUGAAACCUCCGUUCGCCAUGGCCAUCUGCUCUUCUCUCGGCGUCCUUCUUGUGUUCACCCUCUGGGGUUUUGGCGGUAAUCAAGGUCUUCCUGUUCUGAUGCCAUUCGCUAUUUGCUUCGGUCUCCCCGCUUCCGGGUUCUGUUCGAUGUGGUUCCAAAAUGCAGGGGACAUUGCUGGGCCCGAUAAAGAGCAGCAGAGUUUGCUGUCUGCCGGUUGGAGUAUUGCAAGAGGCUUGGGGGCAGUCGCCGGACCCACCAUCGGCUCUGCACUGUAUCGCACACCUUCUGUACCGGGUUCAAACCGCUGGGGCUCUGCUGGCUCCCCCGGACUCGUUGGGCUUGUAGCAGCGAGUCUGGCUGGUAGCGCGUUGGUGGUAUUGGUAUUCAGAUAUGCCGGAAAUUCUGUGAAGUCUUUGAGACAGUACAAUAAUUCAGAGAUGGGACAGCGACGACCCACGAGUGAGUUUGGAGUCGAGCUCAACGAGAGAAGGUAG